AUUCCUAAUUUCUUUCAAUGUGAUCUCUUUCACAAGCCUCCAUAAAAUUGACUCGUCUAUCUAUCUGUCGUCGUCUCGAUCGUGCAAGGAAUCAAAUUUUCUGACCAAAAAAUAGCCAAAAUGAGUGCGGAUAAAUUCCUCCAACUUCAAAAAGAUGUGAGACAUAAUCAAGAAGACAUCCAAUCUUUCUUGCGAGAUCUUGAUUCAUGGGAAACUAACAUCAAGAAGAGAGAUAACGAGUUAAAACAAGGCACAGGAGGAGAUGCCCCAACAAGUUCGAAAGAAAAGGUAAUUCCACCAAUACGAAACAGAAAGGUUGACACCAAGAAGAAGCGCAAAAAGAAGCAGGAUAUUGGAAAUCCAACUGAUUCGAUCUCCAAAGAGUCUACCUCUGCUCAAACCAAUGGGACAUCGAGUACAGAGGGGAAAAAGAUCCGCUGUUAUGACUACAAGACGUGGGAUAAAUUUGAUGUGGAUGCAGCCUGUGCAGCGUUGGAUAGUGAUGACGAAGAAAGCGCAAGGAAGGCACAAGAGGAAGACGACGAAGAGGAGGAGACAGACAGUGAGGCAGAGAGGGAAGAAAUGGAGACACAGCGGAAAAUAAUGGAGGCAAACGCAGAGAAGGAGAAGGGAAAUGUUUUCUUCAAGAAAGGCAAAUAUGAAGAAGCUUUAGCAUGCUACUCUAAAGGUCUGAAUGUUGACCCUGACAACGCACUUCUUUCUGCUAACAGAGCAAUGGCUCUUCUCAAAUUGAAGAGGUAUGAAGAGGCAGAGAAGGACUGUGACUUGGCAAUAUCCCUUGAUUGUACGUAUGUCAAGGCCUAUGCUCGGAGAGGGGCUGCCAGGCUGGAACUCAGUAAAUUGGAAGAAGCAAAAAAAGAUUUCCAGCAAGUGUUGAACAUAGAAACAGAGAAUAAGCAGGCUAAGAAUGAGAUCAAGAAGAUAGAUAAACUGCUGAAAGAGAAAGAAGAAGAAAGACGUCGAGCAGAAGAACCUUCAAACGUAGUUCACGCUGUUGAAAAACCACCCCAUCUUAGGUCAAAGAGACCUUUGAAGAGAAUGACAAUACAAGAAGUUGGAAAGGGAGUGGCCGAAGAAAAGCAGAGGGAGAGAGAAAAGUUGAAGAUGGAAAGAGAAAAGCUCAAAGUACAACAAGGAAAGGCUGACAGCAUGCCAUCGGACCAAAGCAAACAAAAUGGAGAUUUGGAUAGGACUGAUGAUAAAAAGAUACAAGAGAUCAAAUCAAGGACUGAUGGCAGUACUGAUGGAAAGGCAAUGGAAAGUAAUUGUCCAAAGAGUUCUGGCUCAAAGCAAGGCAAGGGGGAUUCCCCAAGAGGAGGAGGAGGGGAUUCCCCUAGAGUGGCAUCCAUCAAGCCAACUGUUCCAAGUGUGCCUUCAACAUCCUACCAGCUACAGGCAGACUGGAAAAGACUGCAGUCACAUACUGACAUCCUAUUUGAAUAUUUCAAGAAAAUCCCACCAGCCAGCUAUCCAAAGCUUUUCCAGAACUCUUUAGAGACUGCAAUGCUGAACCAGAUAUUCCACCUCUUAACAGUGUCUUACAUUCCGUCCAACACGCCCAUCUUUGAAACGCUGGAGAGGCUAACGGCUGUGAAGAGGUUUGAUAUGAAUGUUAUGUUCAUGUCGCAAAGAGAAAAACAAGUAAUCCAAGGACUGUUUUCUCACCUGAAAUCAGAAGUUGAUGAGCAGGAGUAUCAGCAGCUUGCAAAGAAGUAUGGAUUAUGACACAGCAAUCUCUCCCGGUUUGAUCAUGAAGCUUGUUAAAGCAUUUAAAUGAACUCAACAAUCAACGUGAACUUGCAGAUGUGUGUGUUUUAGAUUAUAAAUAACUGUUAUAAUGGUUAUAAUAAGGAUAUUCAGUUCUUGGAUCGCGCAUAUCCCGCUUCCAUCAUCACCUGAUGUCCCAAUGCACUUUCAAAGUAUUUUGGAUGUUAUUACCCUGGCUUUAGCCCAGCUGCCUUUUACGGCACACAAGCAAUUCAAGGGUCCUGCCAGGUUCCCAAUUACCACACCUGGGUCGGGUGCGGCAAAUGAAAUGAUAUGUUUAUGAUCUGGAUCAUGAAUAUCGGUCUGCUUGGUCAAAGUUGGAGUUUGCAAGUUCAACGUCAAGAGGGAUUCAAUAUCUUGAGUGUUGUACGGAUUUAACAGCUGUUGGGACAAUAUCAUAUGUCAUUAUGAGGCGCUGAUUAUCUAGUCACCUAUAGGUAGGGCGGCAUGACAUCACAUCCGCUUAACGACGACGGCACUGACACACAAUGAAAUAAUGUCAGAAACAGCACAGAAAAUUUCAGAAAGAUUUGUAAACUUCCAGAUAACAAAAUGGGUAAACUCUAUUAUUACGACGUUCAGCACAAAGUAUGAAUGCGAUGUUUGUGUAUUAUGCAUUGUAGGCAUGCCAAAACGUAGUGCUGCUGUAUGGGUCGCUAGUGCAUUGUUUUCAUCGGCCGGUCAGUAGCUAGGGCUCGAGAUAAAAAAUGUCUGGAUGUUUGCCUUGGCCUAUUGAAUGGUGCAAAAGGCACGUAGUACAUGCAAGGAAUCAAUUGUGCCAGUUACCCAUUCAACUUGGGUUCAGUACAGUUGAUCAAUUUCUUGUAGAAAGAGAUGAUGCCAUGGCUCAAAUUUGAACCCACCCUCCUCUGUUUCAAAGGCGAGAGUCAGAACCACUAGACCGCAUCGUAAAUACCUAACGAUUGGUCUGUGUAAUGUUAUAAAUCAUUAUGUUCAAAUCUAUGAGUAUGCUAUCAUCCUUAUUCAAAGCGAAUUUAAAAUCUAGUCGUAAUGACGUCAUAGCCAUUGUACAAUUUGGCUACGAUUUGAAACUAACUUGGCCUUUACUCAAAAUAAAAGCUUACAAUCAUCCAAAAUUGUUAUAUUAAUGUUCUUUCAGUAAAUUUGAACCUCAAAUAAAAAGAUACUUUUCGUUCACAUUUUCAGAAUCUGGGCAAAAUGCGAUUUAUUCCAAUUGUGGAUCAGUCGUAAGGUGUACGGUGGCCUAGAGUGUGGGGCCAGUUUGCUGCUCCAUACUGCACAUGCUCAUAAUUUUGAGAACUUGAUAACACUUCAAGUCUGGAUUGGGCAGAUUUGAAUACAGGAAAUAAUUGUUGGCUGUUUUCAGGCCUGAAUGAGUUCUUGUAAAUUUUCAGUAUUGAAAUGCUAGAAUAGGUCUAAAGCUCCUCAUGAAAUGUGCACAGAAGAUGAAAACCUACAUAUUCAAAGUGAACUGUAAAAUGAAUACAGUUACAAAGACUCCAAUCAAACCUGUGGCCUGGACACCGUAACAUAAAGCUUAGCGAUCGAUCGUGGGAUGGAUAUUUACAACUGAUCAUACAUAAUAAUCAAUGCAAUCAUUCAUAGAAAGCAGCACUAUGAUCAGUUGCUAAACUUAUGAUACAGGGCACAGAUAUAGUUGUUUCAAGAGUAUGUUACAACCCUUAUUAAUUUUCUUUAUCAGAGCGGUUGUCUAUCAGGAAUUCUGUUUGAAAAAACAAGUUUUUAGAAUAGUGCACAGAUAAGUCAGUGUUUUUCAAUACAGAGUGAACUAACUUCAUGUGGAACAGUUAGGGGUGCAUUAUGCUGUUUUACCAACUUGAAUUCAUUAAGUGCUCUUCUGAGUAAACAAAUUGAGUUUGAGUCCAUGGAGUAGGUUUUGUUUGUCUCAUAAUACAUUAAAUCAAACUUUGCAUUAUAUUUUGUUUUGUUAUGCAUACAGUUUUAAAACUAAAAUAUACAGUCCAUGGAUGGAAUUCA